CAUAACAAUGGGCUCAACAAACGAAUUUUUUUGGUCUUUGUUUUAGGAGAUUACACCAUGUUUUUAUUUUUCCUAAUCAUCUUCAGACUGUCCUUGCGUAGUCGAUUGGCUUAUGGUCUAUCAAUUAUAUCCAUUACAAUUCGGACAGGUGCUUAAAAUAGGUGGAUGAAGUUUGACGCGCCGCGCGACACCAAGAAGUCCCCGACCCCACCUCUGGCAAAAAAAAAGUUCCCCAGGAGCCUUGGAGAAUUUGGCCCUCAGCGUCAAGUUUUAGAUCCAUCACCAAACCCAAGCACCCUAGCACUGCACGAGCAGCACUCCAUAUUCAAAAUGGCGUCCCCAGAUCAGAAUAUGCCCUUUAUUAGGAAUCUUGCAUCCAGCGAUCGCAAGCUACGCACACAAGCACUCACAUCACUCCAAAAUUUCCUCUCGUCAAGAAGAUCAACAAACGCACUGGGACCUGUCGAGAUCCUUAAGCUGUGGAAAGGUCUCUACUACGCAUUAUGGAUGUGCGACCGUGCCAUCCCGCAACAAAACCUCUGCAACGACCUUGCCGGCCUCAUGCACCAGCUCCCCCGCGAAUCCGUCAUCCCCUGGCUGCGAGGAUUCUGGGCGACAAUGGCGCGCGAGUGGGCAAGCAUCGACGUCCUGCGGAUGGAAAAGUUUUUGCUGCUGGUCAGGCGAGUCCUGGGAGCCAGCUUCUCUUGGAUGAAGCGCGAGCAGGAGGGUGACAACGGCGGGAAGAAGAGGAAGAAGACGCCCAGCGCCGAGGGUAGGUGGCACCAGGAUAGGGUCGACGACGUACUGGCGCUGCUCCAGGAGUGGCCAUUCUCCACGGCCGAGGAGAUCGAGGCGAGAGAGGCGUUGGUUGCAAAGGGCGAGCACAGGGAUCUUGUACCGCCGACGGUCGCAGCCGGCCUGAGGAUACACACGCUUGAUAUAUGGGUGGACGAAGCCGAGAAGGUCGGGUUGGUGGACGCUGAGGACGACCAAGAGGCUCCCAAGAUAUUGGAGCGGAUAAAUGCACUGGUGGAGGCGCUUCACAAGGAGACAGAGACGACGUCGGUCAAGGUCCGCGCAAACGAGGCAUUGAAGGAUGAUAGGCUACCAUGGAACAAGGGGAUGGUUGAUGCCGAUGCUGAUGACCAAGAUGGCGGUGGUAGUUGGGACGGUUUCGACGAUUAGAUGCACAUUUUUUUUUGGCAGUUUGUUUCUGGAACUCAGUCCAGAACUAGUCAGUCCUGGAAUUUGUUGUAGACCAAGCUAGACUGGGCCAGAGAAGAAAGAUUGAGAUUUGAUACCCCGCCUGAAGCGUGGACGUUCUGUUGGUAACUUGGGUAUUGGCUCUACUGCAGA